AUGGCGAAAAGAGCAGUGAAGAUGGAGAUAAUCUCCAAAGAAAUCAUCAAACCUUCAUCUCCAACUCCUAAUCACCUCAAAACUUUUAGACUCUCGUUGCUCGAUCAACUCACUUUGCAUUCAUAUACUCCGAUCUUGCUUUUGUACGAAUCUGAAACUUCAAUCAGUAGUGAUGUGUUCAAGAAAUCUUUAUCUGAAACACUAAAAUCGUACUACCCUUUUGCUGGUAGACUUCGGGAAGAUGGUGUCACAGUUGAUUGUGAUGAUCAGGGAGUGGUUUUCGUGGAAGCAAAGUUUUUGGGGUGUACACUAUCUGAUUUCCUUCUAUAUCCCAAGUUCGAGACGCAAAGAUUGCUGUUUCCUGAAGGUUUCUUGUGGAAGGGGUCGUGCAUAGAUCAGAGUUUUCUUGCAGCUCAAGUAACAUCGUUUGAAGGUGGUGGAAUGGCGGUUACUAUAUCCGUAUCCCACAAGGUUGCAGACGGAUCCACCAUUGCUGCUUUUCUUGAUGCCUGGGCCGCUACAGCUCGUGGUGAAGUGAAACCAAAACCGAUGAUUCUUGCUACAUCUAUCCCUUCUUUGGAUCUUACAUUCAAAGUGCCUGAAAUUGUGAUGGAUAAAACUACAACUUGCAUCACAAAAAGAUACGUUUUUGAUGCCCAGAAAAUAGUCGAAUUGAAAAAUUCAAUCAUGGGAUUAUCGGAAAUACCUACAAGAGUCGAACUUGUGACUGCAGAGCUUUACAAAUGUGCCAUUGCUACUUCAAUGGCGAAAGCUGGUUAUAUCAGAAACUCAACAUGGAUUCAGCUAGUAAACAUGAGGUCACGAAUGACAACACCAUUGCCGGAAAAUUCCGCCGGAAACUUCAGCUGGUACUUCACAGCAUCAAACGAUCGAAGUCAAACAAGUGGUGUGAGCAAUCUGGUGAUGGAGUUGAAAAAAGGGAUCAAAGAACUGUGCGGUGGUGGGGAUAAUCUUGAUCUGAGUAACUGGCUGAUGGAUGUUAAAGAGUUUACAAGCAGUGUAAAGAAGCUGUUCGACGAUCUUGAUGUUUACAGAUGCAGUAGCUUAUGUAAGCAACCCUUUUACCAGAUAGAUUUUGGAUGCGGACGUCCGCAGUGGGUCACCAUGGCAGAUGUGUUUGUGAGGAAUACAUUCAUCCUGUUCGAUACACCAGAUGGAGAUGGAAUUGAAGCCAUGGUUAGUCUUGAAGAAGAAGAUAUGAGACUGUUUUCAAAAGUAAUGAACAUCGAUCUCCUAGCUUGAAUCUGGUUCCACAAUUCGAUCAAGAUCUCUGACAAACUGAUGAUCUGUGUCAUGAUCGAAUUAUAUAUAUAUUCUAGAAUUAAUGUUGGUUUCUGUGAACUGUUGUAAUUUUGGGUUUUUGUUGUUUUUAACUUCCUAUACACAUGUGUGAUCAGGAAUAUUUCUUGAUCGU